AAUAAAGUAAAAUUGAGGAAGCGAAGUAGCAGCCAGCAACCAGCAGCCAGAGGAGCUUUUAGCUAGUGUAGGUAAUAGCUACGUAAAAAAAUGGUUCGCAUUGAAGGAAAGUGCGACCUUCGCAGUUAGUUCUUGGGAUAUUAUAAAUGAAGACAAUAAGUUUACAGAAAAUUCUUGAAAAAGUGCAUAAAAUUGUAGUGAAUUUUUGUUUUACUAUUACAGUUUUAUAUUUGCUUCGCGAAAGAAGAGAAGCGAUAAAUAACGUGAAGAAGCUAAUGUAUGAACGAUAUGUAUGUGACUGGUGUGUAGCAUAAUAAGAAUGUAAAUGUAAAGAGAACAAAGAAGGAACGUGUGCAAUUAGUGUAUGUGUGUGUAUGAAGAAAGAAGCACGCGAAGGCACAAAAAAUCGGUGGGAAGUGAACUGCUCUCAACUCGAAAUUGUGCAAAGCUCUUUUUGGGGCUUAUGUUCAUGAGGGAUAGAGCAGAGUUGCAAUUGUGGAUGGUGGAUUUUUCUGAGUGGCAUUGUCAUAAUAAAGCAGAGGAAAGUAGCAGUUUCUGGAAUUUGUUAAUAUCUAAGCACAUCAUGUGAAUAUUUAAAGUAAAGUCUUUCUUCGAUUAUAAACAGGGGCCGAAAAAUGGAUCUGUUACUCGAAUUUCGUGUUUGCCAUUUUAGUGAUUGUUCCUUUGAACUGCUCCACUAAUUUGGACCAUUGGGGCAGCUAGGAGACAAUUACUCACAGCAUCCACCCAAUUACACUCGAUGUUUAAUUGUCAACGACAAAUUAAACCAUUAUUUUAAACGUGAAAACGCCUUUAUGAACAAAAUUGGAAUAGAAACACGAUAUAAACGAUCGAAAAUAAAUUACACAUGAUAUCUUAUGGUUUUAAAGCAAAUAUAAGACGUAACGAAGAAACAAGUAUUUAUGUCCAAACAAGUUGGCCUGCAAAACAGUCUUAUAAAUGCCCCUACAGCAUAUUCAGAAAAAAAGCUAUAUCCGAAGCUACAACAGCAACAAAAACUUGUAUACUAUUCGAAAUAUCCGAGAAGUUGCAGAAUACUGACAUUUCAAAAGUUUAUUUGCAAAAAAAUAUCGCCAGCGAAAGUGACGGUAACGGAGAAGUUGCGGGAGUCCGAAAGGAUUUGUGGUGCCGCAUCAAGUGGUAUCAAUAUUAAUAAGUUUAAGCAUAAGAUGGCAAAUACGCUUUCCGUCAUGACGAACGUUUUACGGAAUGUUGUCAGCAAGCAGCGUAUACGCUACAAGGGCAAUGGAUAUAAUUUAGACUUGACUUAUAUAUACGACAAUAUAAUUGCUAUGGGUUACCCGGCGGAUAAUAUAGAGAGUAUAUUUCGAAAUCGUUUAGAAGAUGUUUACAAGUUUCUCCAGGAAGUUCAUCAGAAUCAUUAUAAAAUUUAUAACCUAUGCCUUGAGCGUAGCUAUGAUAGCAAUAAAUUUCAUGGAAGAGUUGCUGUUUAUCCUUUUGAAGACCAUAACCCACCAACAAUAGAAUUGAUACAAAAAUUUUGUAUGGACGUGGAUGCAUGGCUGAAAGCAGAUAAGAAAAAUGUAGCCGCCGUACACUGUAAAGCUGGAAAAGGCAGAACUGGUACAAUGAUUUGUUGUUACAUGUUGUAUAGUGGACGGCAGAAAACUGCCGAAGAUGCUUUAGAAUGUUAUGCUGAGAAACGCACAAAGGAUCUCAAAGGUGUUACGAUUCCAUCGCAAAGGCGUUAUGUUCAGUAUUUUGCAAAAUUAAUACAAUCUGGUGUACCAUAUGAAAGGCGUAUUCUGCAAUUUUGUGAAAUUCGUUUUACUGAGGCUAACUUGUUGCACAGUUAUGGCACAGUGCAUUGCUCAAUUUCCGUGCUGGAAGACGAUGGAUGUUCUGUAAAAGUUAAGCAUCUGCUGGGGUUACCCAUCGAUUUUCGAAAAAGUCAUACACUGGAUCUUAAAAAUUUAUGUGUAGCCGGCGACAUAAAAGUAGAGCUGACGCAUAAAAAGAAAUUGUUCCAUUUCUGGUUUAAUACAUAUUUUGUGCGCGAUGACGCGGUCGUUGAAGGAGAAGGUGACGACGCGAAACUUGUGUAUACACUUAAUAAAUGCGAAAUCGAUGAUGCACAUAAAGACAAAGAGCACAAAUGUUUUUCGGAAGGAUUUAAGGUGCAACUUGUAUUCUAUGCGGAAACUUCAAUGCGACCUGGCUUACAAGCGAAUGUUAGUAGCAUAGCCAGCCAGGUUGUGAAUAAUCAAAGGAUGUCUCAAAAUGCGCGCCUCUCUCAUCAGAGUAGUGGUGGCGGGGGCGAAAGCAGCAGCAGCAGCAAUUGUCAAUUGCCAGAGAAUAGCAGCAGUGGUAGUGAUCUAAAUUAUAUUUGUGAUCAUAAGUCCUCCUCAUCGGCAUCGGCGUCGGUUAGCAGUUUGGGCGGUCCGUUAGUGGGUGGUGGCGGAGGCGGCAACGGUAGUGGCAGCAUUGGUGAGCUUUGUAUCGGUGAUACAACAAACGCAGACUUUUCCCACAUGGACGCUUCUCUUGUGGGUCCUCAAUACAUACAGCAUCAGCAUCAGCAACAUUUACAACACCAACAAAAACCACAAAUUUGCCAUAGGCAGAUAUACAAUACUGCGAAAAAUAGCAGCAGUGAUUGUGAAGUGUUCAAUUGCGAUACCGGCAUGAUGCCAUUGGGGCGAACACAUGCUGCAUCCACGAAUACAUAUGCGUUACUCCCACAACAUCAACAACAGCAACAACAUGAAGAACGGAUAUCCGUUAAUAAUAGACAGCUUUACACGGCAGCGAAAAGCGUUAGUGAUGACUGUGAUGAUUAUGGCGAUGGCGAUGCACGCAUCUCGUCAUUCGAGCGAAUAAAUGUUGCACCCACAACAGCGUAUGUGUUACAACCACAACAAAAUGAUGCGGAACGGAUUACUGUUAACUAUAGACAGCAGUAUAUGCCGGCGAAUAACAUAAGUGGUGACUGUGAUGUAUACGAUUGUGACGUAAGCGUUACGCCAAUUGCGCGCUUAAGCGCUGCACCUAUAACCACAUUUGCGCUACCCUCACAACAACAACAAGCCACGCAAUCACAACAUACUUAUGUGAACUUGGAGCACAUGAUGGCUGCAGCGGAUAAACAACAACAACUACAACUAAUGCAACAUUAUCAGCGGCAGCCGCCACAACAGAUAAUGAAACCGUUAUUCACAACAACACACAAUCAUGUAGCAACUACUUCAACAAUAGUGACCGCUGCAGGCACCAACAUAAUGAAAUUCGGCGUACCGUCAACAACAACGGGCUUAAUGUGCGGCGACAAAAAUAUUAUAUAUCAACCAUCAGUAAUGCACGGCGGUAGCAACGCAAACAGUGUCAGGCGUUUAGAUGAAGAGACAAGAACAACAAUGCAGACUAAUGGUUCAACUAGCGGCGGUGAAGUGAACGGUUGUAUUAGCGCCAACAGCAGUAAAAGCAGCAUUAGUAGUCACACAUCAUCUUCGGAAUCAACAACAUCGUGCUCGUCGUCGUCGGCGCCAAUGUCUGGUGGUGAUAAAGAUUGCGAAGAAGAAGACUGGGAGUCCGGUGAGUGCCAUCCAAAAAUGCCACACACAGUUGUUCCCAAAGCAUUACAGUUAUCUACACUAUUAGCUCCUUCCAAGCCUUCUACGGCUAACAGUACUACUACUACUUUCAGUAAUACCAACUCUAACUUUCCCAAUAUUACUUCUACUACUACUACCGUAACACAUACAACUUUACCUUCUACUGCUACUAUUACUACUCAUGCCAAACAGAUUUCCACUUCCACUUCCAUUUCCCAACAACCUUCGACAUUUUAUAUGAAUAUAAACAUUAAUAGUGGUAGUUAUAAUUGUAGUUAUUGUGGUUGUGAUGAUGAUGAAAACCAUCCCAAUUUAAAAUAUGAAUGUGAACAUAUUCAUGAAAAAGAAAAGUUGCAAAAAAACAAUUUUACCAUUAGCGAACGACGAUCAAGUUGCGAUGCAGUCAAAUUGAAUGGCGGCACAGAAGCUGUGUUUAGGUCAAAUGAAAAUGAAAAUGAAAAUAAGUUCAGUACUGAGGUAAGGGUUAGUACUGUAGCAGGUGUUGAAGUAGCCGCUAAUUUGUCAUCUAACACUGCUAGCCCAUUUAGUGCGUCACGUAAAACACAUGCGUUGAUUGCGUCUAAAAAACAUGAUGCAACUGUUGGCAAUAGCAAAUAUGGCCAUAUGAGCAAUGUCGUCAAUUCAUGGACGCAGAAGCCUAUUUUUCAACAAAAAUUCAACGCUAAAAAAUGUAGUGAACUGAGCUCAGCCGCAAUUACAGUCAAAAAAUCCAAUGCUUACGGCACUUCAGCUACGGCGAUUGGCGCCGAUGCUGCUAUGAUAGCUUUGAGCUGCUCGCCAGCGAGCGGUUGCAGUGGUUUGGCAAGCACUUCGCGUCGCAAAUUAAAAAAUAAAUUGAAGAAUAAUACGAAAAAAUUGUCCCAUUGGCUACAGAAUCACUUUCGCGCAAAUCCUGUAGAAUUUUGCGAAAAUUUCGUACAACACACGACUGCUAUGCGGCGCAACAGCAACUGUAGUGUGAGUAGUCGUACUCGCAAGCUGUCAAUGUCAUCAACGACGGUAUCAGUAACACCGGGUUCAUCGUUGCCCAAGCGACAAUUGUUAGUGCCACCGAAAUUGAUGAGUGAAAAAUGUGUUUUCAUUAACAGUGAAGGAGCUAAUGUGGGCACUUAUGAUAUUUACGGUGAGAUGGUGGAGAAUGCGCUGAAAGAUGAAAGUCUAACGGCAGAACCCGCCGCUGUUAAUUUACACAUAGUGAGUGUUAAUGGUGUUGUCGGUGAUGCGCGCACGAAAAUUUCGUUAUCCGAAUCGACAACGGCAUCAAAUGUCAGCUUGUCGACUGUCGGUGGCAGCACUGAACGCAGUGUGCACGGCGGUAGUGGUAGCAGUGAUACUUUUGAGGAUUUUUACUCAUCAAAUUGUGAUAAUCAGCUUAGCUUUAACAACUCGCCAUGUAAAAGUCCACGUUCGCUAGUUGAUAUAGCGGGCUCCAGCGCAUAUAGCGCAACACAUCAUGAUCUCUACGCGACCAGCUUGAAUGAGAGAAAUUUACAUUUGCAAAUGAAGCGUGAGCAUGUACAAAUGCAGCGGCAUAUUAAUGCACAAUCGCUAGAACACCCGCAGCACACUAACCAUCAUCAGCUGCAUCAACUCAAUGUCGUUGUAGUUGCAGCCAAGCCAGCUAAAACACAUGCAAUUGGUUUUAAUGUUACGAAAGACAAGAUGACAGAAAAAUGCGAGACAUAUGCGCAUGCGGGUAAUGUUUUAAACGUUCAAAACGCUGACCAAAAUAGAGAUGAAGCUGUUGAAAUGCCUGCAAAUCAAUUGAAUGCUAGUGAAAUGACAAUUGGCGCGAAUGUCACCAUUAUAACAACCGAGGAAGAUGAAAAAAUUAUUGCAAUGCAAGAAAGUGUCAUCGUCGAUGGUCGCGCUAAGAGUCACGUGAGUCGUGAUCUAUUAGCACCGAAACUUAAUUCUUUUAAUGAAAUCGAAGAGGGUAUUGAAGAUGGCGCUACAACGGCUUCAAGCGUUUCUUUCACGCCAAAAUUGACAACUGGUAUUGGUGACGAUGUUAUUGAUAGUGUUGAACCAAAACAUUAUCCAUUCGAAUUUCUCAAUGUGCAAAAUGAGCUUAAUAACUUAUCUAUGCACACUGCAGCUAAUAAUAGCGAGUUGGAAAAUGAAGUGUCAAGUAAGUGUCAUGAGCAAAGCUCUAAAACGCCUACACCCAUUAUAACUGCUGCUGCACACCAGUCAAAUUUUGUUGCAGACGAAAAUUGCGCUUUAUUGUCUACAGCAUCAGUGUUUCCAGGUAUAGCGUUAAACCCAACAACAACGCUGGAAGGUGUUACUUCCACUGAUAACGUGAACAAUUCUAAACAUUGAUGGCCGCAGAGCAGGGUGGUCUUGCGAUUGCAAUGUUUUUAAUUUUUUUUCAACGUGUUUUUGAAUAUAGUUAACGAAAGAAUAGAAACUGGCUUUUGCAAGUUAACGAUAGAGUGGAGUUGUAUUUGCGACUUUGCUAAAAUACAGUUUUUUUUUACGAUUGUAGGUUAGUUAUGCAGUCAAAAUGUUUAUUCUCUACUGUCAAGUAAUUUGAGUAAACCGCGUUGAUUUGUUACUUUGAAUGAUCUUACUUACUUUUCGUUUCUGUGCUCCAAAACUGCGUCCAAUUUAUUGCAGCUUGUGCACUGCACGUUUCUUGCACAUCAUUAUCCAUUGCUAUGUCUUGCGUUAUACUGUAUUUGGAACCAAAUACAAAUGCAAUGAAAAAAAUUCUGUUUGGACAUUUGAAAACAUCAGCAAUCGCCUUUUCGGUGUUUCCACCACAAUUUAUUUUUAUUAUUCUUACAUACAUAAAAUAAUAUUUAUAUAUAUACAAAUAUGUGUAUAUGGUAUAUAUACAUAUAAAUAUCAAGAUCUCAUACGACUUCUCGUAUAAAUAAUAAAUGUACAGAACGGAUUAAUAUUCGCUGGUGUUCUAUUUUUUAUUAUUAUUAAAAUUAGUUAAGUAAUUGCUUACAUUUGAAUGUAGUUUUCUUUAGGUUGUCAAUAACUAAGGCAACAAAGUAUAUUUAAUCAACACUACCAGUACUAAAUCCCUACACUACCAUUGCCCGUUCAAGCAAAGUGUCGAAGAAGCAAAACAAUUUCUUAACAAAACUUAUUCUUAAUAGUUAAAAAGAGUUAACCUAUUCAAAUACCCUUCAAUUUACAUAUAUAUACAUACAUACAUAUACUGGAUUAAAUGGAACUAAACAACGGUUUGUCGUUAACACACACUUUACCUAUUUACAAAAAAACAUACAUACAUAAAUAUUUGAAUAUACCCAAAAACAAACUUUAAAUAAUUAUAUACGUUCAUAAACCAAUUUAACAAUAAAUUUUAAAAUAAUAAAUAUACGACGGUUUGAAAUAAAACAUUUUAAUUUUAUUAGUUAGUUUUAUAAAUACUUUUGUGCUUAAAAUGAAAACACUACAAAACUGCAUAUUCUUUAACAUUGUGUUUAGCACAUGUACUAAAUAUUCCUUGAUAUACCAUAAAUAUAUAUAUAUAUUUAUCAGCAAAUUUAAUAAAAACGCAUACUACAAAUAUGCUUUAAUGUGUAUGUUAAAAAUGAACGUGGACUUUUUAACGCGCUUAUAGAAUUCUUCCAAAGCCGCUUAACAUUUCUUUUCAAAUUAUUUAAGUGUUAAUAAAUAUAAUAAAAUUAAGCACAGUGAAGAAACAAACCUUAACAAAAAAAUACAGUGUGUGCUCCCAGUACACGUAUUGGUAUUUAAAAAUGGCUCAGCGUCUGUGCCAGUAGGUCAAUCCCCUGCAGUUGCCCACCAAGAACUGCUCAACCGCGCAAUCCUUUUUGAAUGAGCAUAGGUGUAUGUGCGUAAGUAACAGCAGCAACUUGAUCGUUCGUUCGUUGGUUGGUGAAAUUGUUAGUUUUUACGUUCGCACGCCGCCGAAAUUCUCCGUUUUUUUCACUUUUAAAACAGAAAUUAAUUAAUCAUAUAAUUUUAUUAUAGCCAUUGCUCAAAUUUAAUUUAUGUGUGUACAUUAGUUGUGAACCGCAUAGCAAAUAAUAAAAAAAAAUAAAACCAAAUUAGCGAAAAUGCGGUUUACAAAACGUAUCUAUGUAUGUCGCACUGCGAUUUUCUUAAACUGCAUACAAUAUACUUAAUACUGAAAAUAGAAAAAAUAACACACAUGGUCUGUAGGUGCUCAGUGUGAAUUUGUAUUGCACAUUAACUAAAUUGUGUUUUAGUGGAGAACAAUUGUUAAAGAAAUGCAGUCGUUAUUAUUCUGCAGUUAAAUAAAAUAAAUUUUAUAUUAAUUGUGCUAAAAAAUUUAGUAACUAAAAUUUUCGAAUUCGUUUAUAAUAUAUUAGUUACACAUAUUUGUUACCAGUGUCAUAUGUAGCAGUUAUUUUUUUAUUUAUUCUAAUUUUGUUUUUUAAUAAAAAAAAACUCGUAAAAAAUGUUUUAUUGCCAUGUGGUUCACCAUAAUAAAUAUUUUAAAUUAAUUUUUUUUUUUUAAUUUUUUACCUAAGAAAAAAAUCAUAAAAAAUGAUUCUGUAAGGAAAAUAUUAAAACUCAUAUUAGUUAAUAUGGUUUUAUUUUUAUUUAACUUACAUUUUCAACUGGGUACUUACACGGACCAUAUGCGCUAUAACUUAACAUACAAAUAGAAAGUAAAAUAAUGCGUCUAUGCAACAUUACAUACUGUUCAGUCGACUCAUAAGGAUAAAUAACCUUUGUAGAUACAUAUAUACGUACAAAAGUAUGCAUAUAAAAGCAACCACCACUAAAAGCGUAUACCUUAAUUAAACAUAACAAACACACACACACACACACAUGCACGUAAUAAGUUAAAAACUUAUUUUAUAAAUAAAAAAAAAAUAAAAUAAACUAUGAUUAAAUGUACGUAAAUAUAUACAUAUAUUUUUUUCUUUUGAGUUAAUGUAAUGUAAUUAAUUACUUGCGAUUCGAUUUAAGUGUAAAAAUAUUAUUUUUGUAUAUUACGAUUUAUAAUGUAUUGAUUUUAAUUUUGUUAUUUGGUAGCUAUAAAGAUUUUUUUAAAUAAUAUUAUUUAAUUUGAUACUGUAAUUUGUAAUGAAAAACAAAAAUUAUUCACAUGGAAAGUGAAAAUUGAAGCGAAAAUGCAAGCAACAUGUUUUUUAUCGAACGUAACGCAAUCGUUGUAGAGGCGCAGCAAGCACAAAAUACGUUUUGUAAAAUUUAGUAGUUUCUUUUUAAAAUCUAUAAUAUUUUGUUUUAAUUAAUAUAUAUAUACAAGUAUAUAUAAAACUAAAAAUAUAUGUACAUAAGUUUGCUAUAUAUUACAAAUUAUAUUUAUUUUAAUUUUAAUUCGCUAUUUUAUACAAAAACAUAUGCUUGUAUAACGUUUUGCUUAAUUUGAUUUAAAUCAAUGUUUUUUUUUUGCUUAUUUUUCGAAACUUCAAUAACAACAAACACAAUUAGUAUAGGUUUAGUUUAUGUGUACGUUAAGUGUCAAGUUCUCAAGUGAAAGUAAUUGAAUUACUUAUAUAAUUUGUUAAUGAUUAAAAUUAAAAAUAUUAAAAGAACAAUUGGAAAAUUGAAAAAUAUUUGAGUUAUAUUAAAAUAUAAGUAAUAAACACAUGUGUAUAUACACGUAUGAAAACCAUAAGUAUAAGUACAUAUAAAGAUCUGUUAAUUUUUUUUAGAUUUUUGUUUCUAUGAAAUUUUUAUUUUUUCUGCGUAAAAAAUAAAAUAUUAAAAAUUUUUAUUUAAGAGAAAAAGAACGAAAUGCAUACUACUACUACUGUGUAAAACUAA